AAAAACAGAAGAAGAACUACUGCAGAUAACACUGAAAAUGGACAUGACAGCACUGCAGAUCUGCAAUGACAACUCGCCUGAAAAGUGCAAACAGGAUUUCUUUUUCAUCAGUGCAUGUGUAGAUGGUGCCUUUUUUCCAAAGAGUCCCAGGGAAUUACUGUCUGAAAAAUCAAUCAAUGAGGUCCCAUACAUCAUAGGAGUAAAUAACUAUGAAUUUGGAUGGGUGAUUCCUAUGAUGAUGAAAUAUCCUCCUUUUGUGGAUGGUCUGGAUAAAGAUGUUGCACGUCAAAUUUUACAGAGCAACUUAGCAAUAUUCAUUAAGGGCCUGACGACUGAAGUUGUUGACAGAGUGUACAAGGAGUACAUGGGGGAUGCAGAAAGCCCUGCCCAGGUCCGAGAUGGCCUCCUGGAUGCAAUGGGAGAUGUCUACUUUGUCAUCUCAGCUGUGGAAGUGGCCAGACACCACAGAGAUGCUGGCAACCCAGUCUACUUUUAUGAAUUUCAACAUCGACCGAGUUCAGCGGAAGGUUUGGUACCAGAGUUUGUAAAAGCAGAUCAUGGAGCUGAGGUUGCCUUUGUCUUUGGAAAGCCAUUCUUAGCUGGAGGUGCUACAAAAGAAGAAAAUGAGCUCAGCAGAACUGUUAUGAGAUACUGGACCAACUUUGCUAAAAAUGGAAAUCCCAACGGAGAGGGCUUGGUCCAUUGGCCUCAGUAUGACCUGAAGGAAAAAUACCUGGGAAUAGACCUGGAGCAAAAGGCAGCAGAGAAACUGAAAGAGCGCAGAGUGGAAUUUUGGGCACAGCUCAGGAAACAAAGUCAAACUGGAAGGAGAAAACACACAGAUUUAUAAGAUCUAUGGAUGCUACAGUUUGCUUUAACACACAAAGGAAAGUCAAAGAAAAUGAGUUUGACAGCAUACAGAGUAAUAAUCACCUUCUAACUCACUGUUGUGUAA